UUUCCGUCAUCGUCUCACAACCGAAAUUAUCAGUAAACACCACCUUAGCUGUGGAUCUAAAUCUCUCCAUCUCGUCGUUCUUUUUAGUCUUCGUAUCGCAUCUGAUACUAACCCUAGAUCCCUUCUCUCUCUAAUGGCCUCUGAAGAACCGACUGUGGCGGCCGAGACCGCCCCUGAGCCGGCCAGCACAAAACCGACCGAAGAUAACCCGCCGGUCAAGGGUGGCAAGACGAAGAAAGUCAAGGAAGCCAAGCCCAAGAAAGCUCCGGCUCCCAGGAAACCCAGAAACCCUCCUUCUCAUCCUCCUUAUGUUGAGAUGAUUCAAGAUGCGAUUGUGACGCUGAAGGAGAAGACUGGUUCUAGUCAGUAUGCGAUCGCUAAGUUCAUCGAAGAGAAGCACAAGCAGCUUCCACCGAACUUCAAGAAGCUUCUGCUCUAUCAACUUAAGAAGCUUGUCGCUGCAGGGAAGCUCGUGAAGGUCAAGGGCUCCUUUAAGCUGCCUCCUGUGAGGUCCUCUGCGACCAAGUCUUCGGCGCCUGCUUCUCCGGCAAAGAAGAAGUCCGCGGUUUCUGUCGCCGCCAAACCGAAGGCAAAAGCUUCGGCGAAACCUAAAACUGGGAAGACGACCAAGUCAACAACGAAAUCGCCGGCCAAGGCCAAAGCUGCUGCUAAGUCCAAACCCAAAGCAGCCGCUGCUAAGCCUAAGGCUGCUACUGCUGCCAAGCCCAAAGCUGCUGCUCCGGCAAAGACAAAAUCAGCUUCUGCUGCAAAGCCUAAAGCUGCUGCCAAGACAAAGACUGCAGCGAAGCCGAAGCCCAAGGAAAAGCCGGUCAAGGCUGCGAGAACCUCGACGAGGACAAGUCCGGGGAAGAAAGCCGCGCCUCCUAAGUCGACGCCGAAGAAAGCCCCAGCAGCUGCUAAGAAGGCUCCGGCUAAGAGCGUGAAACCGAAGAGCGUCAAGUCGCCGGCUAAGAAGGCUCCGGCGAAGAAAGGAAGGAAGUGAUAGAGGAACAGGAAGAUAGCAUAGUGUUUGUAGGGGUAGUCUUGUAAAUCUGUUAUCCUUGUGGGUGUAUUUAGACCCGUAUACGCCCUCUGAAAAAUAUAUCGGAUUUUAUUUUUUUUAUUAAAUUUUUAUUUUCUUGUUUU